AUGGACGCCGGUUCUGGGGCAGAGCGGCGGGAGGGUCGAGGCGGCGCCACUGGUGUCUCCCGGCAGCCGGCUGCGGGAGCUCCCCCUCGCCCGGUGACCCCGAGGCGGCGUGGAAAAAAAAAGUUACCACAAUCUUUAAACUGCUGUUUGUGUAUAACCCUGUUUUUAAAUCCAUUUUCAAAGGCAUACAGAAAGUUAGCCAAGGAAUACCAUCCUGAUAAGAAUCCAAAUGCGGGAGACAAAUUUAAAGAAAUAAGUUUUGCAUAUGAAGUACUGUCAAAUCCUGAGAAGCGUGAGUUAUAUGACAGAUACGGAGAACAAGGUCUUCGAGAAGGUAGCGGCGGAGGUGGUGGCAUGGAUGAUAUUUUCUCUCACAUUUUUGGUGGGGGAUUAUUUGGCUUCAUGGGCAAUCAGAGUAGAAGCCGAAAUGGCAGAAGAAGAGGAGAGGACAUGAUGCAUCCACUCAAAGUAUCUUUAGAAGAUCUGUAUAAUGGCAAGACAACCAAACUACAACUUAGCAAGAAUGUACUCUGUAGUGCUUGCAGUGGCCAAGGUGGAAAGUCUGGAGCUGUGCAGAAGUGUAGUGCUUGUCGAGGUCGAGGUGUGCGCAUCAUGAUCAGACAGCUGGCUCCAGGAAUGGUGCAACAGAUGCAAUCUGUGUGCUCUGAUUGUAAUGGAGAAGGAGAGGUAAUUAAUGAAAAGGACCGCUGUAAAAAAUGUGAAGGGAAGAAGGUGGUUAAAGAAGUCAAGAUCCUUGAAGUCCACGUAGACAAAGGCAUGAGCCACGGACAGAGAAUUGCAUUCACUGGGGAAGCAGACCAGGCCCCAGGAGUGGAACCAGGAGACAUUGUUCUUUUGCUACAAGAGAAAGAACAUGAGGUGUUUGAGAGAAGUGGGAAUGAUUUGCACAUGACACAUAAAAUAGGACUUGUUGAAGCUCUAUGUGGGUUUCAGUUCACAUUUAAGCACCUUGAUGGACGUCAGAUUGUGGUGAAAUAUCCCCCUGGAAAAGUAAUUGAACCAGGAUGUGUUCGUAUAGUUCGAGAUGAAGGAAUGCCACACUAUCGUGAUCCCUUUAUAAAAGGUGAUCUUUAUAUAAAGUUUGAGGUGCAGUUUCCUGAAAACAACUGGAUUAACCCAGACAAGCUUUCUGAGCUAGAAGACCUUCUGCCAUCUAGACCAGAAGUUCCUAACAUAAUUGGAGAAACAGAGGAGGUAGAGCUUCAGGAAUUUGAUAACACUCGAGGCUCUGGAGGUGGUCAGAGGCGUGAAGCCUAUAACGACAGCUCUGAUGAAGAAAGCAGCAGCCAUCAUGGACCUGGAGUUCAGUGUGCCCAUCAGUAAGCUCUGCAAACACAUUGCACAGGUGGAUUUGCUUUCCACAUUUGCCUGAUUUGUUCUCAGCAAUCCUGCUGGAGUGUCUGAUCAAUCCAGGAGAACUGAUGGACAUUGUUUGGUCUAUGUGUAACUUUUAAAAUUGGUAUAGUAUCUACAGAGUGUAUAAUUUAAACUAACCACAAAGCUUUACAUCUUCAUUUCGACUGUUCUGUAGCAGAAUAAAGCACUUGAAAGGAAACAAGACUCCCUUUCACACAUGGGUUAUAAGUUUCAGUCCUGGUAUCUGUGCUUGAUUUUUAUCAGUUUUGUGUAGAUUUUAUGUUUCAUAUUUCGAAUUCAAAUCCCACAUUGUAAAGUUUGUACAUUUUGUCCUGAAGCUUUGUGUUUGGCUGCACCUGCAUAAGCUGCUACAAAAUAGAAUAAAGAAUUUCAUAGCCUGUAUCUAUCAUUUAGAUGCAUGGAAAAAAUGGGCUUUGCGCACAAUGGGUUUGGAGCUGACUGGGAACAAUGGGAAAAAUUACAUUAGCUGUGGUUGUAAAGUUUUUUGGUUUUUUUUGUUUUCUUUUUUUUUUUUUUUUUACCAUCUUGUGAAAGGUUUCUGAAAUUCGAUAAUAAAAAGCAGUUGGUGUAAAUUAUUCUUUGUGUCACAUUUUUAGACAGAACAUAUUUUAAACUGUAAAAUGUGUCCUUAAACUGGAGAUUGUAUCCUUCUGGUUCUUAAACAGCCCUUAAAAACCCAUUGGCCUGAAGCUUAUGACUCAGGCACAUGCCCAUUUUAGAAUUUUAAAAGACAAAAGAUCAUAGAAACAGGCUUUAAUGGCUUCAAUUCAUGCUCUGCAGAGUCACUCCUAAGUUAUGAUCCCGAGCACUGGGUUAGCCCAGGCCUCUGGACCUCUCUGCCACCAUCCCCUCUUAAAGAUAAGGUAACAGCAAAUUAGUAAAACCAUGUCUGCAUAGAAUCUGUGAAAAAAGCUCUGUUUUCAUUAAAUGUUAAAAAUGCUCUGUCUCUAUUAAGUUUGAAUAUUUGAAAUUGAGGGAAGCCAUUGAUUAUUACUUUGAUUUUUCUAUAAUGUUUUAUAGAAAAGUAAGACUUUCAGACUGGUAUUAGGGAAAAUCAGGUAAAACUCUUGAAAAGAAUGUGUUUUUCUUUCCAUCUUCUGAUUUUGACCUCUUCAUUCCCAGAGUAGAUAUUUUUAAAACACACUUAUUUGAGGGAAAAGAGCCAUCAGGUGCACACUUUACAUCUGUAAAGGAGCAAAUGGGGAGAACUGAAAAGUAAACAUGUAAAAUGUAUUAUGCCCCCCUGAGCCUAAAGAUAAUACUUGUAGUUUAUUUCCAGGUCUGUUAAAACCUGAAUGCAAAAAGAUACUCUGAUACAUAAUCAAGGCCUGUGAAGUUUUAAUUAUUGCCCUAUCUUAUCCACUCUACCUCCGUUGUACAAAAGUAUUUUACAGCGAGCCUGGGUGAGAUUCAACAGCAUAGUAGUUUUUGUAUCUGAGGUUACUUUCCCACAACCACUUUUAAGCAUAAGAAAUGCCGUGGCAAUAUGAAGUUUGUAGCCUUUCCAAUAAAGGUUUAUUAAAACAGUU